UCAAGUUUUCCCUCCGUGUCUCAAAAUGUGUACGAAGGAAUUUAACUGCAAGAGUGAAUAACAGCAUUAGUUUCAAUUAUUUUUUUUUAAUCCCGGCAACAAUAAACUUUGAGAACAAAAGCGCUUUUACGUUCUUAAUUAGGCGAGCUUCCCAUCUGUGGUCUCCCAAGUGUCUGCCUCUCGAUUUAACUUUGUCCCCGCCCCGCCCCCGCCGCUCAUCCCUCCCCGCGCUGCCGGGCGCUUUGGGUGCAGCGGUCACCCCGCCCCGCGGCGCCUGGAGCAUCGGCCCAGCCGGCUACCGCCGCCCCGAAGUUCGAACUGGUCGGCUGGCUCGGCUGCGGGGGGCUGGCGCACACCAGGUGGCCCGCUUGCCACUCCCGGCCCACCCCCAGGACACUUCUGCAGGCUCCCGGCACUUUCGCCCCGGGCCAGCGCCCAGAGCUCAGAGCUGAAGGGAGCUCGAGAGGCGCCUUCUGUUUACCUUUUAUGGUUAAAAUAACAGCUUAGCAAAGAAGCGACUUCACCAAGAAGCGAUUUAGUGAAAUCGUCUCAAGCUGCCGCAGCUCAGCCAGUUUAAUCACCCCCAGAGAGCCGAACAACUGCGAGCACAAUGGGACACAAAAUCAUUUUUGGUCUCGGGGGAAAGGUCUUGGUCCGGCACAGAUGCGUUUGUCGGAGGGAGCACUGGAGAUUCGGUGGAAGGCGCAAAGCCUGGGGCUUCCAAUGAUACUCUGGGCAGCGAUGGAAGCCUAGAUGCCUCACCGCAAGGAGCGGCCGAGCGGGUCCUCGCUUUACACACACGGCAGCCCCAGCGCCGCGGAGGGAGGAAACAUGUCCCGGCUGUCUCUCACCCGGUCACCCGUGUCUCCCCUGGCUGCCCAGGGGAUCCCAUUGCCAGCUCAGCUCACCAAGUCCAAUGCACCUGUGCACAUCGAUGUGGGCGGACACAUGUACACCAGCAGCCUGGCCACGCUCACCAAGUACCCUGACUCCAGGAUAAGCCGCCUCUUCAAUGGCACUGAGCCCAUUGUUCUGGACAGUUUGAAGCAACAUUAUUUCAUUGACCGGGAUGGGGAGAUUUUCCGCUAUGUCCUGAGCUUCCUGCGGACGUCAAAACUGCUGCUCCCAGAUGACUUCAAGGACUUCAGCCUGCUGUACGAGGAGGCGCGGUACUACCAGCUGCAGCCCAUGGUGCGGGAGCUGGAGCGCUGGCAGCAGGAACGGGAGCAACAGCGCCGCAGCCGCGCGUGCGACUGCCUGGUGGUGCGCGUGACGCCAGACCUGGGCGAGCGCAUCGCGCUCAGCGGCGAGAAGGCCCUCAUCGAGGAGGUCUUCCCCGAGACCGGGGACGUCAUGUGCAACUCAGUCAAUGCCGGCUGGAACCAGGACCCCACGCACGUCAUCCGCUUCCCGCUCAACGGCUACUGCCGGCUCAACUCGGUGCAGGUCCUGGAGAGGCUGUUCCAGAGGGGCUUCAGUGUGGCUGCGUCCUGUGGGGGGGGCGUGGACUCCUCCCAGUUCAGCGAGUACGUGCUCUGCCGGGAGGAGCGACGGCCUCAGCCCACUCCCACUGCUGUCCGGAUAAAGCAAGAGCCCCUGGAUUAGGCCCUGCCUCAGUGCCCACCUGGGACACCCCAGGGACCUGGAAACAGCACUGGGGAGUUGUGCCUGUGCGUGUUCAGCAGUGAGCAUGAGACCAAGGGUGGGGCUGGAGGGUCCAGAGUGGCCCAGGGAGCACCAGGGCCCCCAGCAUCGUGCCAACAGAAUGUGGGAUGCUGGACGCGGGCCCAGCAAAGGACAGUUGAUGUGACCCAAAGAUGCUGCAGUGGGAACUCCGUUGCCGGCUCUCCCAGCUCCACAGCCUGGUCCUGCCCCCUCCGAGGCUGCAGGGGCCUGCUGAGGUAGGGUCAGCAGAGGCGUCCGCAGCUAUUCGGGUGGAGCUGUUCUUCCUUCUCCACGCAUGGUAGACCCUGGUGGGUCUCCUGCGUCAGGGAUGGCUUAUUUUUUCUAUAGUAUUUAAAAUGGAAGCAUUAACUGCACAGGUCAGGGAGGCCAGCAAAGACCAGCGCUGCUUUAUCUGGUGCUCAGUUCUCAGUUGGAUGUGUGGCACGCCCACGCGGUGGAUGGGCUGUGUGGCCCUCAUGUCCAGGCGCACACAGAGCUGGGGCUCUCGGGGCAGAUGCAGGGGUAAUUGCUGCAGGAACCAAAUCGGGCCCCUGGGAGCAGGGUUGCCAGCAGGAGCAGGCAGGGGGCUAAGAGACUCUGUGACCAUCUGAGAUCUUCACAUUGCUGCUGUCUGGGGCUCAGGCUGCUCUUGGCAGGUCACCUGACCUACUCAUGCCCAGGGGCUUCCAGUCCUGUCUGCCUGUCCUCACACCUGGGCUCCUGGAGAAGUAUCUUCCCUUUAGGACCAGCCACCGGGCCACAGCUUACCUCAGGAAUGGGCCCCACCAGGUGGGGGCCCAUCUGUCAGCAGUGUCCCCAGCUCAGGGAGCUCUUCCCAGCUCCAGUUUUCUUAUGCUAAUCUGCACACUGAAUUUUAAUUACACCUGUCUCACUAGCCUGCCAGUAAGACCCAGACACAGGCAUACCUGGCCCUUGUGACCCCGAAUUCCAGUGAGGACUGGCCCUGCCUGAGGGGUCCUCACAGACCUGCUGCCUCCCCAGAUGACAGGCCCAAAGACAGACCCUCCCUGGGCUUGUCACACUUCCCCAUGUGCUGGCCCUUCCUGAGUGGACAACCCCUGCGGAGAGCUGGUGGGUGGGCCCCCAGCCUUCUCCACCCCGUGUACAAUGCCUGUAGACUUGUAUAUGACUCCUUUAAUAUUGUAAAGAUGCUGAUGUAUAAUUGUCAUGUGUUUGUGUGGACACAUUCCACUACUAGUCCAUGCCAUAAACGAUGCUAUAAAGCAAAAGACUGAGGCUCCAUCCUGUGCAGAAGAGUAGCCGGUUUCCCACACUUGAAUUUGGGAGUAGAAUUCCUCCCCCGGUUCUUUCAGUUCAAAUCAAGGAAUAACCAGCACUGGUAGCUGGGGGAGGGGCAGGGCCAGGCUAAGUCCUGAAAUGGGUGUUAUUUAUUGCAUUUGGGAUUUUCCUCACUGCGGCUGCCCCCUCUGGGCAGCACAGAUUCUGAAUUCUGAUUCAUAGCCCCCUAACGAGAUGGGAAGCAGGGGACGGUAGACAGAAAAUGUCCAGGGGCUUUCGAACCCAGUCUUGAAAUGUUUGGGAUUUUCUCUCUCACUGUCUUUUGUUUGGGGGUGACGUCCUCAUUAGAGCCCCAUGUAGCAGUAUGGUGGGGCAUGGCUCACACCAGCCAAGGGACAGAGAUGUGCAGCCAGAAUGAGAACCACAGAUCACCAAAACUCAGAAUAGGAUCUCAACAUGUCCUUUUCUAUGGAGGAAGUUUGAAUGAAUUCAUAUCAAUCUCCAAUUUUAUUUUAUUUUGUUUUUUGAGACAGUCUCACUCUGUCACCCCGGGUAGAGUGCUGUGGCGUCACAGCUCACAGAACCUGAAAUUCUUGAGCUCAAGCAAUCCUCUUGCCUCAGCCUCCUGAGUAGCUGGGACUACAUGUGCCCACCAUAAUACCUGGCUAGUUUCUCUAUUUUUAGUAGAGAUAGGGGUCUUGGCUGUGCCCAGGCUGGUCUCAAACCCCUGAGCUCAAGCCUUGGCCUCCCAGAGUGCUAGGAUUACAGGUAUGAGCCACCACGCCUGGCCCAGCCUCCAAUUUUAAUGAGCCUUUUUGGUCUUUCCUCAAAGCCCUUAUGUCCUAACCCAUGAGGACCUUUUUACCUGCCCCCUAAGGGCCACCAGCCUCAGCCUGCCUCAGAGGACAGGUGCACAGACCAGCUGCCUCCUGUCUGAGGCUGCAGAGCAGACACUUUCCCACCACACACUCUUAAUUUGCUGGACAAACUUGCUGGGCAAAGCACCUACAGUUGGCACAUUCGAAUUUUGGCAUCCGUGGCUCACAUCUGAGAGGAGAAAGUAUUGUGUUUAUUAGAAAGAAAGUCUUGCGCAAACAGCUCAAUGCUGCCUGUGUGUAUGGAUUUUGCUGGUAUCAUAGCCAGCAUGGUUAUUUACUGAUUGGUGGAGAUGCUCUAACUUUCUCAAGCAAACUGUAUUUUUGAUUAAAUAAAUCACCAUACUAAAAAAGAAGGGAGGAAAAAAAAGAGUAACUCUACCUGAGUAAAUGUUACUCUAUUUAUUUCUUUACUAGUUAAGUAAAAAAUCAGGAUGUCUGAUUUUAUAUCAACUUGGGGAUUUCUGAAUUUGUAGGGAAAUAGUAUGCUGCCAUAGUAAUGCUAUAAUUCUUUUUUCUUUUCUUUUUUUUUUUUUAGACAGAGUGUCAUUCUGUCACCCUGGGUAUAGUACUAUGGCAUCUUAGCUCACAGCAACCUCAAACUUGGCUCAAGCGAUUCUCUUGCCUCAGCCUCCCAAGUAGCUGGGACUACAGGUGCCCGCCACAAUGCCCAACUAUUUUUAGGGAAGGGGUCUUGCUCUUGCUCAGGCUGGUCUCGAACUCCUGAACUCAUGUAACCCACCCACUUCAGCCUCCCAAAGUGCUAGGAUUACAGGUGUAAGCCACCAUGCCCGGCCUGUAAUGCUGUAACUAUAAUAGACCUAGUCUCCAUAAACGAGAAGUGCAAAUGAUCCAUUCCUUUGAAGGAUUUCUACACUUCCUGGAAUGAAUAUAUUUAUAAGGAUUCUUUUGUCAAAUACCAGCAGUAUAAGUGUUAUUUGUGCUCUUUAUGAUCCUCAAAACAAUUCUUGUUUAUAAGCAAAUGGGAAGAGCUGUGCCAAAGCUUCCCUAUUUGCCACCAACCCCCUGCCAGUGACUGCAGAGAAUUCACAAAGCCACCAUCACUCUCACCUGGGGCUCAAAGACAGGUCACAACACUAAUAAUACCUUUCAAAAAGUGUGUUGGUUUUGUUUUGGUUUUGUUUUUUUUUUAAACUACUACUUGACUGUGUUCCUUAGAAUAAAUAAAGGAUAUUUUAUAAAUUA